AUGUGCACACCUGUUUUCCUAUUCAUUCUUUGCAGAAUUUCUUGUAUUAGGGGACCCGUAGCUCUCUCUCUUUCUCUGUGUGUGUGUGUGUCUUGCCUUCAGUGGUGCGCAGCAGGAAUAAUAAUGUAUCGCCGCGUCCAUGUCCACGCCGCCGCCCUGCAGGUGAGGGCUAUAUCGGAGUACAAGUUUGGACAGGCGCCUCUGACAAAACCAUGGGGCAAUGUCGUGCAUUUUUCACCACCAGCACCGUCGAAGGCAUUGGAAGCUCAGAAAGUGAAGGUGUCGCAGCUGCACAACGGUGCCCGCGUUAUUACACAGCAACGCGAAGGAGCAAUGGUAUCGGUUGGUGCCUACAUCCUUGCGGGGCCCGCGUACGACCCUGUGGGAUGCCCGGGUGUGCACGGCCUUAUGCACGUUGCCCUGACGACAAGCAAUUACAACAACUCGCUCUUUCAGCUCGACCGCGGGAUCCGAAGCACGGGGGCAGCAUUUUCGCACUUUGAGAAGGACAAACACUUUAUUGGCAUUCGCCUGGACGCCCGCGCGGACAUGUGGAAGAGCCAAAAUACCGGCAAAAAGAAUGAUAAGAAUUCCUUCACGUUGAAUCUUGUGCAGGACACCAUUUUCACCGCCAUUGCCGCCCCGCGCUUUCAUGAGGCAGACAUUGAACGCUUUCGUGACACGGUGGAUAAUAAUCUGAAGGAAAUGAAGUGGCAGCAGCCCGAGGAGUACGUCAUGCAGAAAGUGGAGACAGUUGCAUUUCACAGGGAGCCGCUCGGCAAUCCACGGCACGUGCCGGAAAACAACAAUGGAAACAUCACAAGCAAGAUUCUGAUGGAACAUUAUUCCCAAUACGUGACACCCGAACGCGUCAUUAUUGCUGGUGUGAAUGUUAACCAUGAUGAACUCAUCGCCGAGUAUGAAAAUACACCGUAUCCACAUUCCAAAAGCGCCCCUCAUCAUGCUGCGUUUGAGAAACAAAACAGUGUGGCCGCCUUUGAUAUCAACGCCGAGAAAAAUCAGUACACGGGCGGUGAGGCACAUGAGCAUGAAAAUCGCGCCAAAGAAAUGGGAACUAAGCCGGACAUGGAUAAUGAAACAAUUGUUGCGGUUGGUUACCUCUCAUUUGGUCGUGGAAUGGCCUCAAUUAAGCGGUAUGCCGCGGCCCUCGUGUAUCAACAGCUAUACAAUGUUCUUAUCCAAGAUACUGUUCGUGGUGCAUUUGGUGGGUCCAGCAAUGGGAUACAUUCUUUCUACCUUCCGUACCAGAGCGCAGGUCUCAUUGGUUUUACGGCAAGAUCUGAACCUCAGGAUAUUGUCAAGAUGGUGACAGCAGGCAUGCGGGAUAUGCAAUCCGUUAAGACUGAUAAUGCAACGGCUGUGGAGGCGGCAAAACACCGCGCUGCUGUCGAUUUUAUGAGCCGUAAUUUGGAAACGGUUCGUGAUCUCUGUGACUACCUGGGUACAAGUCUGCCCCUUACUUCCAUGGCGCAGAACUCCACACAGUACAUGAAACCAGAGGAGGUGAUUGAUGCAAUUCGUUCUGUGACACCUGAAGAGUUGAAACAAGUGAAGGAAUGCGCCAUGGGUUCGAAGCCGUCUUUGUUUGGCCACGGUGAGAUGUUGGCGUUCCCAUCUUUGCGUCAGAUGGGAUUUUGA